AUGAGGCUGCUAUAUAAAACAGGUCCAAUGGAGUCACUAAGAAAGUGGUUCUAUAAACCGAAGAGGGACGACCGGUCGCUUUUAGCGCAGUUCUUCUUCGCCGAUGACGCACUCAACAUGGUCGCGGCAGAAUUGGACUCGUUUGAUGGCCGAAAAGACCCGGAGAGGUGCUCCACACUCGUCAAUCAGCUGAGACAUGCACAGGACCGCGUGCUGAACAUCACAAGUCAGAUAAUGGACCAGCUGCUGGGUGACGAGCGAGUGGCGCGCGGCUUCAGGGUUAAGUUUCCUGAGGAUGUGCUGCAAGACAACUUGGCGGGGCAGCUUUGGUUUGGCGCUGAGUGCCUAGCCGCCGGCUCCUCGAUAAUGAAUCGCGAGGAAGAAUCAGCGGCGAUGCGUCCGCUGGCCAAGGCCCUCACUCGGAGUUUGGAGACUGUUCGGUCAUUACUCCGGGAACAGUGUCUCAGACCGCGAGGCAUGGCCUUGUCGCAACAUGAUGAUAUGCUGCACGAGAGCUUGAGGAUAUUUGACAGAUUGUUCGCGGAGUUCGAGCUAUGCUACGUCAGCGCUAUGGUGAACGUGAAAACGCCGCACGAGUUCGAAGCACAGCAAUUGAUCUGCGUUCUAUUCUCCGAGAGCUUACGGCGAGCGCUCAAACAAAAUUUGCUCACACAAGAACAGGUGGACUCGUACGACCCUGCGUUGAUGUUCGCUGUGCCCCGACUGGCCAUAGUCAGUGGACUGCUCAUAUACUCCAGCGGACCCCUCAGCAUAGACAAGCCACCAGAGGAGAUGUCGGACAUGUUCCGUCCGUUCCGCACCCUGCUGCACAAGAUCCGCUCGCUGCUGUGGACGUUGGACCGGCGCGAGCUGCUGGCGCUCGAGCGACUGCUCUGUACCAACGAGGAUAUCUCCAAUCUCGCCGCGUUGGACUUGCCCGCCGAUCCAGAAACAUCAAACGACUGGUCGUGUCCGUACCCAGACCUCGGAGAGUUUGUGUCGAGGUUCUACGCGGACCACGCCAACUGCCGAGACUUGUACUCGCAGCCAAGCUCAAGUGAUCCGAUAGCCGACGGCGAUUACCUCCCAGACAACAUAGAAGUGAUGACUCCAAUCAUAGACGGACUACGUCGGCUCAGUGAAGGCACGGCCGACACUACGGGACAUGAAUCAGAACACGAGAGUCACACCAGACUGUACUCAGACACCACUAGCACUGACACAUUCCACACCAACGAUAGCAAGGACUACAUCGAUAGAACUAGGAAAACCAGCAAAACGGAGCCCAGUGAGCUCUCCUCACUAAGAAAUCUCUCCACCAGCGGGCUCAUGAUGUUCGAUCCCCUGGUCAUCCACGCCGCCCCUGAAACACGCCCUGUGCCAGACCAUGACCUCGUCACCUCUUUAAAUGACCAGGUCACUGAGAUCGCUGACAGACUUUCCUCUAUAGCCACCAGCGACGUCGAUAUACUCGACCACAAUCAAAUGCACUCCUUCUCCACAAACGACGUCCCCACACUCAUAUCGACUGAUGAUUCCGAAGCUUACGGCUUCUCCGGACCUAGAAACGAACAAUUAAGCUGUUUGCCUUCAACGAGUCACGGGUAUCUCAUACCCAACGCCAUCAGUCACGAGCCCGCCGUACUAUCUUCCCUCUCUCACAAUAACUCAGCCGUCUUUAAUCAAGAAGACGAAUCCGGCAACGAUAUGAACGGAGCCAUGCUGAACUCUGAUCUCCCGCUCAUUAUCCCUGACAAUAUUGACGCGGACAUUGUAAAUACUAAUAUAUCGAUAGCUAACGCUAAUUUAAGUUCGCUCCUACUAACAAAUGAAGAGUAUAAUAAUUUAGUUGAUAACGACGCUGCGGACGGUGAUAACACGAGUUUCCAUUCGGCUAAGAUGACGCUAGACAGAGAGGACGAGCGAGUUAAGUUUAUGCUAGGAUACGAGAGCGAACACGAGUCGCCGGUCGACUCGGGCGUCAGUACUGAGAACACUAGUUUAGAUAGAUCGCCCGACUCCGACCAGAGUAAGGAAAUCAAAGACAAUCACUUCAUGCAACAAAACAGGGUACUAAAGAGUCCGGACGCGGAGGCAGACGACGACAAACACACCAAAAACACGUUAGAAAGUUCCUUUUCCGAUGUAAAUAGCGACGUUACUGUAAAUAUUAAUUACGUUGAAGACGACAGCAGUAAGAACGAGGCGGGCUCGUCGUCCACCAUAAUGGAUAAGGUUAUAAAUAGGUUAAGUUCGGACGAGGAAGGGUUGAACGAGGCGACCAAUGUAAAUAGCGAGGCGAGGCGAGUGUUGCAAGACUGGGGAGCGAAUGCUACUGAGGAAGAAUACAGGACUAUCGACGAAGUUAUCACUGAAUUGAGGAGACACAGAGAGUCCGAUAAGAAGAUUAGUUCGCUAGUUGACGAAGACAAUAAUGUUAGUUCUAACGCGGACGUGGGACCGUCCCAGUCCCGACCGAAGAAGAGUAGAAAGUCGAGUAGUAAGAGUAAAAAGAAGAAGAGUAAAAUCUGGUCGCCCGGUAUGGUGAUAUUAGAUAACCGGUCGACACAGAACCAGAAUAGUCCUUUAAGAUUGAAUUUGGAUCAUUUUGUUGAUGAAAGUGGCACGUCAUGCGGCGCGUCAGAAUGUGCAGACGACGAACAAAUAGCGCUCGCUCUGCAGGCGCAGGAACUAGCGGCCAGACAACAUGCUCGGGGGAAGUUCAAAUCAAGCGAAGACCUAAUCCACCGUCUGUUCGUAUGUAUCGCCGGUGUAGCGGACCAAUUACAAACUAACUUUGCGGCGGAUCUGCGCAAUAUAUUGAAGUCUGUGUUCUUAAUGAACCAGUCGCCUGACCCACCUGAACCGGAACCGGUCGAGGAGAAGACUCCUGCUAUUGAGUAUGAAGCAACUGAGGACCAGGUUAUACAGAAUGGCAGCUCAUUCGACAGCGUGUACUCUGCAGAGGAAGUGUACGCGGACAGUACGUCGGACUCCACGUCGGACGGCGGCGCGCGACCGGCCGCGCCCGCGCCCGCCGCUCCCUCUACGCGCCGCAAGUCGCUCGAUACUACCGGGAACUUGCAGGCUUCGGUGUCUACUGGAGAUCUUACUUACAGAGAGAGCGCGGCCCCGGAGCGGCUGCCGGAGUGGGUGCCGGACAUCGCGGCGCCGGCCUGCAUGCGCUGCGCCGCGCACUUCACCGCCUUCCGCCGCAGGCACCACUGCAGGAACUGUGGCAAAGUAUUCUGCGCAUCAUGCAGUUCGAAUUCAAUUCCUUUACCACGCUACGGGCAAUUGAAACCAGUACGAGUGUGUGACGAGUGCUUCAAAACUAUCGCCAGCCACUGUCGUCGGCCGCAGACUUCUCAGUACCGGUGA